AUGCAAGGCAAUGGAGCAGGACCCAUGAUUUGGCUUGCUAUAAGCACCGUUUUGGUCUCCUGUAUGAUUGAUUCUGGAUAUGGAGCAGUUUUUGUACUAACAGCAAUCACUUGCAAAACAUUGCAGUUUGCCGGCUUCCUCUUUGUAGACGAUUCUGAUAACAUUCAUACGGCAAAAGACCCCACCAUCAAGGCCGUUGACAUUCUACAAGAUUUCCAGGACUCCGUGGACUGCUGGGAGGGCCUUCUCCGCAGCACCGGAGGCGGCAUCAACCCUAGAAGAGAUAAAAGCUUCUGGUGUCUGAUCGAUUUUCGAUGGACGGGGACACAGUGGAGGUACUUGACGGCUAAUGAAGCCCCAGGGGAAAUAUCAGUCCGAAGCCCAACACCUGACCAGGAGAGAGUUACCCUUCAACGCAUCGAACCAGGGGAGGCGAAGGUAACCCUGGGAGUGUCUAUUGCCUUUGAUGGAAGCUGGACCGGCGAAACAACCUAUCUCACCAACAAAGCCAAGGAGUACGCCAGCAAACUCAAACCCAGCAGACUCACCAGGCAAGAAGCAUGGUAUUCCAUCACCAACGUCAUUCUGAUGACAAUGAAGUACCCACUCGCAGCCGCCUGGACAUCCGCCACUUGUACGAUGAGAUGCACCUGGAGCACCUGCUUGUCAUUCUGGAUCAGUGUAAUCGGAUCACCCUUACCGGGAGACUCCUGGAAGUAUGCUAUGAGGCCGUCCAACGCGACAUCUGCUUACCUGGACCUAUGA